AUGCGCUACACGCUCUUCCUAUCGCUCCUGACAAGCAUCUCCCCAUCCUCAGCAAACCAAGCACCAAUAUGCGAAGACAGCAUAAACUCCCAACAACCCUUCAACAACAACGCCAUACCCUGCCUAUUAAACUGUGGUCUAGGCGUAACAAUAGCCACAGGCGACCUCUUCCCCGGCCAAGUCAACUCGACCGAAACUCCCUAUUGCCGUCUCAACUGCGUUCGACAGCGGCAAGGCGUCACUCCAGCCCAAUCCUCCGCCGCACCGGCUUGUAAUUCUCGCUGCGAGGAGAGGAAUUCCGCGACGCCGGAUCAGUUGGGUUGGUGUAUGUAUUGGUGUGUGCAAGGGGGAGAGAUUGAGGAGUUUGUGGUGGGGACGAGUUGUGUGCCGAGUAUUGUUAUGGUGCCUACGGCUACGGUUACUGAGCAUGGGAUUACUAUUACGGAGGAUGGGUUCACAAUGCCUACUGAGUGGGCCUCGUGGUAUCAAACCCAGACUGUUCUUUCGAGGCAAUCAUCUCCGCUGGGUUUCGCGCCUGCAUCCACAGCCACUGACGCAUCCACGUCCAUUUCAGACGGUGGUUAUUACGACAGCUAUGGGAGAUAUCAUGCGGCCUCGGAAAGCGCUACAGUAACUAGUUGUGUCGGUAGUAUGGAUGGAGGUUAUUGCUCGAGCGUCUCAAGCACAGAGUCGCGAAAGCAUUUAUUUAGCACUACUUCCACGACUCAGGUCACCGGCACUCAUACCCAGUCGGCAGAGACCACGUCGGCUUCGGCGGUGUCGACAACGACUGCGAGGAGCGGGUCGAGUGAGACUUAUCGCGCGCCAUGGGUAAUGCGGGCCUGCAUCGCUUGGGUGGUUAAUUUUGUUUGGUAG